CAGGGAGGUGUGUCUUGUGGUUUCUAACACUCAUACAGUCACUUCCCCCACUUCUACAUUUCACACUCACGCAAAACAUGCACGAAAUCAACGUGGCUCAAAAUGGCACGAAAUGGAACAGAAGCUGACACGGUGUACGCUGUAGUUUAUGGAUCUGUUAUAACGCUCGGACUGCCUCUCAACGCUCUGUCGCUAUGGAUUCUUCUUCGCCACCACAGCCGCAAAUCAGCCAAUGCUGUCUUCAUGAUCAACCUGGUGAUCUCAGACCUCCUGCUCAUCAUCUCCUUACCAAUGAAGGUCUACUUUUAUGCCACAAACAAAUGGCCUCUGGGAGACAUGGCGUGCAUCUGGCUCACGAUGCUUUUUCGCAACAACAUCCGCUCCAGCGCCGUCUUCAUCACCUUCAUCAGCAUAGACCGGCUGCUGGCUGUAGUCUAUCCUCUGAAGUCACGCCAACUUCGGUCCUUGUCCAACGCCUCAAAAGGAGCUGCACUCGUCUGGCUGAUUGUGGUGAUUGUGAAUAUCCCAGAGAGUGUGGCCUUUUCAAAAUAUUUACAAAACAAGACUUCGAAUGUUUCGACUUGUUUUGAUGACAAGAAUGACUUCUUUCCUCCAAUAGCGUAUUUUCAGCUUGUGUUACUCUUCACCCUGCUGUUCAUCAAUAUUGUGUCCACAGUUCUGGUGUCUUUGACUCUAAACAGACAUUUGAAUAUCACCACCAGGAUCAACAACAGAGUGAACGUCAUGCUGAUUUUUGCCAUGAACUUGUUGAUGUUCUGUAUAUUCUUCUUGCCUGUGUCCUUGACUGUUUUCUUUGAUAAUAGACGGGCUGCUCUGAAUUGUCUUGCCAGUGUGAACUGCUGUCUGGAUCCACUGUUGUAUUACUUCUCAUUUGAUGGUUUCUGGAAGAAAAAAGAGGACACAGACAGGUCCACUGAAUAGUCAUUGAACAUGACCAGUCAGAUUUCCCAGUUUCUUGUGAGAAUGUUUCAGAGUAAGGUUGUAAGGGGAAAUGAAUAUCAGUAUUUAAGAAGCCCAGUUUUGUAUCUCAUUUAUCUAGUUAUCUAGUUUUGCAUUGUUUUUGUUUUUCCGGUGUAUAAGCUCUCCUGUUGACUUGGAAAUGUAAACUAAUGUGUAAUGAGUACUAAAAUUAACAACUUUUGUUAGUUCCAUCAGACAAAGUUUGCUCUAAAUGUUGCUCUUAAAUAUAUAAAUAUUAAAUACUUGGCAAGUCAGAGAUUAUGCCAGAGUCUGUUUGCA